CGCCACUGUCAGAAGCGUUCCCGGAUGAAGAGGCCACAAAUGGGGUCAAUGGUCAUGCAGAAGAAGAGGACGAUGAGGAUGAUGUUCAGCCGAAAAGCAGGAGACAAAAGCCAGCGAACGGAGGAGAUGCGCAGCCCGAGCUCGACGACCUUUUUGGAGAUGAAGAGGAUGAGGCAGAGCCUGCCACGCGACAAUUAGAUGAUGAAGAGCUUGAUUCGGGCGACGAUGAAGGCCGGGCGGAUCGCGCUGCACAGCAAGAGGACACACAGCAGUACGAGACACAUGAAGUGUUGUCAAUGGACUUGGAGGUCGCGAGACAGCCAGUGCCGGAGCCGAGUGAUGGCGAGAUGUACCUCCUCAAGAUCCCAAACUUCAUGUCAAUAGAGCCCCAAGCCUGGCAAACGACGGCCUUUCAGCCUCCUACAGCCGACCACCACUCGAAGGAGGCUUCUGCCACUUUCUCCGCCUACAACACCGCCAUGUCUACAGUCCGCUGGCGACACUCGCCCUCCAACCCUGCCGAGCUCCAAUCCAACGCACGCAUAAACCGCUGGUCGGACGGCUCGAUCACUCUCCAGCUUGCAUCCGACCCUACAACACAAUACGAGAUGGAUGGCAACGCACUUGCACCACCGCAGAUCAAUCCUCCCAAGCCUACACCCUUCAGCGUCGCCGCGAAUGCCAAACGCGGUGCGAGCAAAGAUGCGUUCACAUACCUCGUGGUUCCCGUCGAGUCGGCCGAGUCGCUACGGAUCACACACAAAAUCACAGCAAGUCUCAACGUCAAACAGUCCGGCACCGUAGAAGACGACGCGAUCGCACAACUCCAAGCCGCACUCUCGCAAGCCGCGAACAAGACCAAAGUCGGCGGAGCCUCAGGCGUUCUCGAGGCCACAGACGUCGACCCCGAGCUCCAAAGAAAACAAGCAGAAUUGGCAGAGAAGCAGGCCAUGCGAGACAGGAAGAAGCGCGAGAAUGCACAAGAACGGGACAGGAUGCGGUCGGACCGGACGCUCGGUCGCGCAGGCGUAUACUCUGGACGAUCCGGCGGCGGCCUCAACGUGGGUAUGCUCGAAGACGACGAAAUGGACGGCGGUCGCGGCCGCUCGCAAGGCAACAAAGCUCGCGCGAAGCCCCGUCGGCGGAGGAAUAGUGAGUACAGCGACGAUGAGGACUUUGGCAAUAAGCGGUUCUCCAAGGAAGACAGCUAUGACCAGGAAGACGACUUUGUGGCGCCGAGUGACGAGGAGGAAGUGGUUGAGGACGACGAUGAUGAGGACGAUGGCAUUAUGGAGGAGAGGACGGAGAAGGCGCCGAAGAGGGACCGUCCGAGACCUGCUGCUGCGGCGGAGACGGGUGAUGAUGAGGAUGCGGAGGGUGAGGAGGAUGAUGAUCUACCACAGGCUCGCACUAAGAGGCGAAGAGUUGUGGAUGAUGAGGAUGAGGAUGAGUAA